CAUAGCAAUGCUCCCUCCAUCAGUAUCACAAGCUUGUGUAUGGAAUAUUAGCAGCAUAGUGUCUUGUACGCUGACCACGUCACGCAAGAAAACAUUGGUCGACUAGAAGUUAUACCAACGCCAUAAUUUUCUUGUCGAUAAAACAAAAACAUGUGCAGGUUAUUUUACUAGCAAGAACAUCAAUAAUUGGUUAAUUUUAUAUUAUUAUUAAAAUUAUUAAUAUUACUUUUAUAUAAAUUAAUAAUACUAAAGCUCACAAGUAAGAACAAUAAAAGUUUUUUUUCAACAUGGCUGUUAGUAAAUAUUCGAUUUGUUUGAUCUUUUUGGUUGGAUCAAUAGCUACGCAGCAUUUUAAUAAUUGUUUAACAAAUGUUGAGGACAGUAUAGAAUGUAUUAAUAUUAUGCAGUGUUCGCCUCUCCUGGACCUACUAGAACAUAAAAGAAACAAUGCAUCCGUUGUGGCAUAUCUUCGAAACUCGACGUGUGGUUUUGACGGUAAAUAUCCUAAAGUUUGCUGCCCUUUGAAUCUUUCUAGCAAUUCGUUUAUUUCGGGCAAUAUCCAUACAAAUAAAAGCAGCCCGGCUACGAAUGAAAAUAAUAAUGACAACACGGAAUCGGUCACUGUAAUUAAUGAUGAAUUCGAUCAGGACAAUAGCAAUGCAGAUAAUAACGGUACGGACGAUGGCUUGCGUUUCGGCCAGCCUGGGUAUUAUAGCAACAUAAGAAGAAGACCAAACCGAUUCAAAGUGACUCGAAAACCAGCUAUCGCCUCAAUUAGAGUUACAAGUGAAAGACCCUCAACGCUACCUCACGACACCACGUGUGGCAAAACCUCUACUAUACGAGAUAAGAUUGUGGGUGGAUCGCCACCUAAACUAGACGAUUGGCCGUGGAUGGUAGCUUUAGGCUUUCGGGACGCUUACAAACCGGAAAUUCCUCUCCAAUGGUUGUGCGGUGGAACGUUGAUAUCCAAUAGAUACGUAGUAACAGCGGCUCAUUGCACCACUGGUGUGGGCGGACGUCAAAUAACUAUAGCACGGGUUGGUGAAUUAGAUUUGAAUCCAAACGUAAAAGAUGGUGCCUCACCCCAAGAUAUUCCGGUGUCUAAAAUUAUAGCACAUGAGCUGUAUAACGGAGAACGGGUCGUGAACGACAUUGCGCUAUUGAAGUUAGAAAGCCCGGUUACAUUUAAUGCACAUGUUCAACCAAUUUGUUUGCCGAGUAUAACUAAAAUGAAAUUCAAGAAUUUUGUAAAAUUUUCACCGACCGUUAUCGGUUAUGGAUCGACGAAUUUCCGUCAACCUACUAGUUCAGCAUUGUUGGAAGUCGUUGUCCCAGUGUUGGACAACGCGGAAUGCGAACGAGCAUAUAAAAAGACAUCAGCUACGAUUGAUGAAAGAGUAAUAUGUGCAGGGUACUUACAAGGAGGAAAAGAUGCAUGCCAGGGCGAUUCCGGAGGUCCAUUGAUGUUGCCAAAUGGAAAACAGUAUUAUUUAAUUGGAGUUGUAUCCUUCGGGUACAAAUGCGCAGAACCUGGUUAUCCAGGAAUUUACACUAGAGUGACUUACUUCGUUGACUGGAUUAUUGAAACUAUAAACAAAAACUGAGUAAAAUACAUUAACUUAACUAACGCAAUUAUUAAAACAAAUUUUCUUAAAUGUAUUUUAUAAAUUUUAAAAUUUGAUAUGCUAAUAUUAUGUUUUAAACAUUAUCAAUAUCAAUUGUAUAGGGAUGAGCAUGAAUCAUUAUGAGAUAUGUAACUUAUUAUGAGAAAUGUACUUGCAAAUAAAACCGAUUAAAGUGUA